UUUUUAACAUAAGGCAGUGUUUGGAUUCAACCAUGGAAAUUUCAGCUAUCAACAGAAUAAGCGAUUUUGAAGCUAGCAUAACCUUUCUAAACAACCCAUCAUUUCUUUCCCAAAUUUAUGCCCUUUCUUGGUUUCAAGCUUACCAUUUUUGGAAAUGGGGAGCUUUGAUUCUUGUCCUACUAGCCUCCUUAUCUACCAUAAUCAAUAGACUCAAUAUUUUGAUCAUCAGAUCCCGACGAAACCGUUCUUUAACCAACCAACCUCUUCUUUACGGCACUGAUUUCGACACUGACACAGACAGCUCCUCUUGUUCAUCAUCGGACGACGAAGGAGAAUAUGACGAGCCCUCCGCUUCUCAAAACUGGCGACAAGUCGAUGAGGAUUUUCGAGUUAGGGGGUCGGGUCAUUUCAUCGACGAUCAGUGGAGGAACGGUCGUUUCACGCUUCGGAAGAGGAGAAGCAGCAUCGGCGAUCUAUUUUCUUGGGCUGAAGAGCUAACCAGCGGUAAAAGCGUGGUGAAGCUCUGGGAUAAUCUCGGAUUAGGGUUCCGUUUGGACCUCGAUGAAAGCGAUAAUGUUUUGAACGUUUACGACGUUAACAAGGAGACGAGAAUGGGGUCUAUUUUCGGGGGGAAGAACGAGUUUCAGGCGGUUUCGGCUUCGUCGCCCGCAGUUGUCGUAUCCGCCGGCGCCGAUUCUUCAACUGGACGAGUCGCUGUGAGUGUAUGGGACACGCGCCUUCAUUGCCGGGGACCGGCGAUUCUCACAGAAUGGAGCCCCAAAAAACCAAUGGAGAAAAUCUCAGCGGUUAAUGCUGACGGAGUCGAUAAGGUUUACAUCAGGGAUCACGUGACGGGGACGUUAACGGUUAGUGAUAUGAGGAAGGCUAGCUCGCCGUUAAGCAACGUAACGAAUUCCGACGUGGAUACAUGGUGGGAUGCUGACGCCGUCAUCGUCUCGGACGAGUCGGUUGACGAGUCAAUGGGACUCAGUUAACCCCGUUUAUUUUGAAAGAAUAAAACCUGAUUAAAAUGUGAACAACGAAAAUUCUGAAUGGUGGAAGGACGCCUUUGUAAAUAUUCAUUUAUCAUAAUAUUUAUUUUUAUUUUAAAUAAUAUUAAUAUAAUUGGUAUUA